ACCAUCUGUCAAAAGUUGUAGAUCUUUAAUGAGUGGAGGUUUUUCUAGAAUCAAUUGCGGUGAUAAAGUGCUUCGAAUUAUACGUAAUUAGAUACUGUAACAAUUAAAAUGGCUUUUAAGAUGACAUACAGCUUCGAGGGCAAUUAUAGAUCAAGACCAGAACAGAACUUAUCUGGUGCUAGUAAAGAAAAUACUCGAGAUGUCUUGUUACAACGAGCCCACGAAGAACGCCAAAAAAGACAUGAUGAACGUAUUAAAUUUCAAAGCACCUUAACAUUACAAUCGUAUAUAAGGGGUUAUUUAACAAGGCAAUGUGUUAAACAACAAGAACGUUUGUUAUUCGACCAAGAAAACAAACAAAAUAUUGGUUUAAGACUUUCUAGAUUAUUAUUCUUUUAUUCAACAAAAGAAGAUAAAGAUAGAUUUUUUCUUAUGUGUGAGAGUUUAUUAAAAAAUAAGAUGGAAAUAAUUGGGAUGAUGAGCCAUAAUCAAUUUAGUUGGUUGAUAAAACGUUUUUUGGUUUUGUGUUUAAACUCUUUAGAGAAAGUUGAGAAUCCAGAAAUUUUAUUUAUGUGUCUUAUUGAAUUUAGCGUACCAAAUAAUAUUGGAUAUUUAAAUAGUAAAGGAUACUUUAGAAAAUUACGGUCGAUGUUGGAUGAUAAUAAAUCACCACAGUUACACUCUGAAUCCAUUUUAAAACUGCUUAUUAAGCCGUUUGAGUAUUAUAAUUUAACUGAUGAGAAAAAUCUAAUUUUAUCCGAAUUUUGUUCCGGUUUUCUUUCGCCUGAUUUAUCCUCAUUCAUAAGAACCAAUAUCAUUUCUUAUUUAGCCAAAUUAUCCAUUAUUCCAUAUGAUGAUCUUAUUACCUAUCUUAAUCAAUGUAAUACUUAUUUUACAACAGAUAGUCUUCUAUUCUGCAUUUUAUCACUUGAACCUAAAAAUUAUAGUCAAAGUAAAAAAAGUAUAAACGUUUUAUCAAAUAUGAGUGUUAAUUUGUGUAAAAAUUAUGGUCCUCUUCAAGAUUUGACGGAAGAUAGUGAUUUAGAUGAACCUAUGGAUUGUACAAGGGAUCAUAUUGUAUUGGAAGACUUCUUAGUCUUAUUCAACAACCCAGUACGUGCUAAGAAAAUACUUUGUUACUUUAUGGAACAUACUGAUGAUGAAGAAUUAUUAAUAUCACUCUCAAAUAUCUGUCAUAACUUAUUAAUGGUUUAUUCUGAAAAUUCAAUCAGGAAAUUUAUGAUUCUUUAUAUGUUGGCCUUAAGAGGAGUAUUUUUAGAAAAAUUAUGGAGUGCAAUUAACGUUCGCACUUCAGCGAUAAAAAAUCGAGGGAUGUUAAGCUCUUGGAAUGAAACUUAUAUGCUUACUUCUGUUUUCUGUAGCAUGUUUACUUUUUACACUCAAACAUUAACCGAUUCCGAAUCUACAGAUACAAGUAGUACAUUUUCACUGGAAGAACUUAGUUUAAUGUCUGAUGUCUUGAAAAGUUUUGCUUUAAAUCUAAUUGAAAUUGCAUUUCCAAUGUGUCGUUACAAUAUGAUUACUUCAACGCCGGAAAUGGUUCAAUUAUAUCACAAUUGUGUCCGAGCAGUAAAAAUGUUGAACACUUUAGAUUUGAGAAAAAAGUUUUGUGCAACUGAUUUUUGGACGAAAAAGAAAAUACAUGUCCAACCUGAUUUGUUGAGAAAAAAUUAUUUAGAAAAAGAACUUAUUCCUUUUCAUGGGUUAGUGUUAACCGCAGAAGAUUAUCUUCCACCGUUAUCAACGAUCGAAUUAAGAUCUUUGGCGGUAAUUAAAGAGCUACCGUUUCUCUUAGAUUUCAACACGAGGGUCAUUUUACUAAGGGAUUUAUGUUUUUAUAGUACGGGAGGACAUGAUCGUUUUGUUCAAGAAUUUCAUGCGGAUAACGUCGUUGUCAUUCGACGAAGUCAUAUUUAUGAGGAUGCUUUUGAGAAAAUUUCACAAAAGAAUGAUUCUGUAAUGAAACAACGUUUACGAAUCCAAUUUAUUAAUAACGUCGGUUUAGAGGAAGCAGGAAUUGAUGGUGGUGGUAUCUUUAAAGAAUUCAUAAACGAAGUAUUAAAAACAGCAUUCGACCCAAACAGAGGAUUCUUUCUUUUAACCGCUGAUAAUACUUUGUACCCCAAUCCAAACGUUCACCUUUUAAUAGAAAAUUAUAGGGAUCAUUACUAUUUUAUUGGUCGUCUAGUUGGAAAAGCAGUCUUCGAAAAUAUUCUCGUUGAUUUACCUUUAGCAGAGUUUUUCCUAGCUAAACUCUUAGUCGAUAAAGCAAGCGCCCAUUUCUUACAAUCUUUAGACCCAAUUCUUUACCGUAACUUGCUUUAUUUAAGAGAUUAUACAGGAGAUGUUCAAGAUUUAGGAUUGGAUUUUACUUUAGUAAAUAAUGACUUAGGAGAAACUAGAGUAGUAGAAUUAAAACCAGGGGGAAGAAAUAUAGCUGUCACAAAUGAUAAUCGAUUAGAGUACAUCCACAAAUUAGCGGAUUUAAAAUUAAACACUCAAAUUUCGCAACAAUGCGCCGCUUUUCGUGAAGGCUUAGACAGCGUGGUUCCCAUUUUAUGGUUACGUUUAUUUAAUUAUUAUGAGCUCCAAGUGAUUAUAAGUGGUGAUAAUCAAGAGAUUGAUGUCGAAGAUUUAAAGAAUAAUACUGCAUAUGGAGGUGAUUUUACAUCUGAGCAUCCAACAAUAAUCAUGUUUUGGAAAAUCGUCGAUCGGUUUACUGAGACGCAAAAGAAACAACUAUUAAAGUUUGUGACGAGUUGUUCUCGACCUCCAUUGUUAGGAUUUAAAGAAUUAACUCCAAGUUUUUGCAUUCAAUCUUCUGGGUCUGAAGAUCGUAUGCCGACCGCUAGUACAUGUUUAAAUCUCCUAAAAAUCCCGUUAAUUAAAGAUGAAGCGAUACUUAAAAAAAAAUUGUUACAAGCUAUUGAACAACAAGCGGGUUUUGAAUUAUCUUAAUUUUAUUUCUAUUUUUGUAU